UCCGUUUUUUCACGUACGUGCGCAAAAAAAAGAGAAGAGAGAAAAAGAAAAGCCAAAAGCCCAAACCGCGAGACCAUCGAUCGAUCGGCGCGCGGCGGCGGCGGCGACAUGGCGGCGUCGGCGAUGAAGACGGUGUUGGAUUUCGCGGAGAAGGCGGCGGCGGCGGCGGCGACGGUGGCGGGGAAGGCGCUGCGGAUCACGGGGAAGGCGGCGUGGGUGGUGGGGACGACGGGCAUCGUGCUUGGGGUGCCGCUCAUCUGGGCCAUGGGCCGGGAGCAGACGCAGCUCGAGUACGAGUCCCUCCUCGAGGCCCAGCAGCGGACGCUCCUCGGCCUCUGAUCCUCUAUCUCUCGGUUCACGGCUAACUCCUCCUCGCCAUCAGUAGCAUCAUGGAUCUUAGCUAGGUUUUAAUCUUGCUUCUUUUUUUUUUCUCUUCCUUGAGUGGCUCAUGGAUCGAUCUUAAUUACUGUAAUUAGCAAGAAGAGAAGUUCUUUUCUUUUAAUUGCGAUUGCUUAGUAACUUAUCGGUUGUCGUGUUAUGAGAUGAUGAAACAUCUUAUGUAAAGGAAGCAAUCGUCUGGUUGAUCCAAGUACACCGUUUAUAC